GUGGAAAGCAUCAAAAAUGUAAGCAGAGGAAUGGACAUCUGUGUGCCUGAAAGAAUUAGCCUCUUCCCUUUCUGUCUUUCUUGUUCCAAACUCAGUUACUUCAGUGGAUUAUUAGAGACUGAAAAGACCCUUCUCUCUCUAGUUCUCUCCUCCUUCUACCCCACCUGCUUCGGUUCCAGAUUGUUUCCAUGGCAACAUCAGAAAAUCAAAAUCUUGAGGCCAGAAUCCCUGAUCCCCCCCCCAGAAGGGCCAAAGGAAGAAAGAAGCAGGACUGGAGGUGGUGCCAAGAGAGAGCUGCGCCAUCUGUGCUUCUGGCCUCUGGUGCCUGCUAGAAUCCCCAAAUUGAUAAAGAGACUCCACAUCCACAGCGUUCUGGAUCCCACAGUCAUGGCCUCAGAAAAGUCAGGUCUCCCGGACUCCGUUCCUCAUACUUCUCCUCCCCCUUACAAUGCCCCACAGCCGCCAGCCGACCCCCCUGCCCCACCUCCUCAGGCACCCUCCACCUCCCAUCACCACCAUCACCACCACUAUCACCAGUCUGGCACCGCCACACUCCCAAGAUUAGGGGCAGGUGGGCUGGCUUCCCCAGCAGCCCCUGCCCAGCGGGGCCCCUCGUCCUCCGCUACGUUGCCCCGUCCUCCCCACCACGCCCCCCCUGGACCU